GGAAUUUCUAGCGCACGCCAAACAAAGCGCACGCACUUCAACUUUAUCAAAAUUAACCUUUUACAUUGGACUGACAGGAAUUCUUCCAGUUACAAAAUCACUUGACCAUGAGCGUAUCAAAGGGAUUUAAAAUAAAAAAGCUAUUUAGGAAGUCCAAGUCUUUUGAUAAGGAAUGCAGGGAUGCUGACAGAAGUGAUAGACCCGAAGAUCAGCGCGAGAGUUUCAGAUACGCGUCCACGACUUUACCGUCGAGCCCAGAGCUCCGCAGCCCCGGAGAUGCGCCGUUUUACCCGGACUCGCUGCCCACCAGCCCCACCGAGAAAAAGAAGAAGAUACGUUUCCCGAGUCUGCGGUCCAGAAAGAAGUCUAAGGAGAAAGGGGAGACGUUUCUUAACAGUACCGGAGAUCUGGACUCAGUCUACAGCCUGAGUUUUGAUCAGAUGAGCAUCCAAACGGAGGACUGUUUUAUGACCGAUACCUGCCCCACCCCUGUCCGUUCUCGUACUAAUUCAACCAUCAGCCUGGAUCUUGCUUCGCUUCCAGAUUCAUCCUUUCCCACUCGCAAGCAAAGGAAGAGUUCUGAGGAGAAGACUGGAAUUUUGAACCGUAUCUUUGGAGGUUUAUCUCGGAGGAGAAAAAGCAGAUCCACGUUGGACGACAAGGACGAAAAUGUGUCGUCACAGACAAGCAGCCCGAUCAAAUCCACAGCAUUAGAUGAACCGAGACCCAGUGUUGUUCAAAACAGAGAGUUUGAGAAUUCAGUGUUUUGGCCCGAGCAGAGACGAAGCCCCAGCACCUGUAGCGUAGCCUCCAUUGUCGCUGACGGAGGAGAUAUCCCAUUCGCUGACAGUGGCAGUAGUGGACGAGGUAGUGUGAGGGAGGUGGAAGUGGUCAAGGUCAGCAGAGUCGAGGCCUUCAGCGAUGUGAAAACCGAUCAUCUGGUGACGGAGGCGGGCAAGAAGCUCCAGGUGUACCUAGAGGAGACAAGUUGUGACAUCACAGACACAGCUCUGAAGAGAUGUGCAGAAGACGCAACCCCUGAUACUCCAAAGUCCUGUGCAGUCAGCGGGACAGAGAUUAAAAAGACAGUUUUGAAACCAAGCAUUCGAGGCAGCGGGAAUUACACGGCGCUGGUUGGAGUGACCCUCGGAUCGCAUUCCAGAGGCUCACUGUCCUCUGACAGUCUAGCUGAAGAAGAAUAUUCAGAUAUUAUGGGUAAGAAAAACAGUGGCAGGCGAAAAUCGCGCAAACUAACCAGUAGCAAUAAUGAGGUUACCCCAGCCAUAACCACUUCCCCUGAGGCACAGGAGAGGCAUUAUCCUCCGCCCUCACCUGGUCAAGUACACAUAGCCGUGUGGGCGGAAACUCACCUGACAGAAGAAGAGAGCGAGAGCUCUAUUACUGACUCACUCUCUCCUGUUGAACUCGCACAGGCCAGCCCAGCGGAGAGUCAUUCUGCCACUGGUAGAGCUGCUGUUAACACUUCUGGUCCUUUUCAAGCGCCAGAGUCGCCAGCCACAGUCACCGUUCGGACGUUUGAGAAGUCAAAACCUGAGGCACCGCAGUCAGACAUUCGAGAAAACGUGGUUUCUAAUGAUCCAAUAGCUGAGAGCUAUGAAGAAAAAUGUAGAAGCUUGAUAUUGUCAGAGAGUGAGACUGUGUUCGCGAAAAAAGUGUACGUUAGUCCCCAGUCGAGCUUGGACGGGGAAGGAGCUGAAUUUGAGUCCAGAAGUGAGACAGACUUGGAUGUGACACCACAUACCCAGCAGUUUAAGGUGGAAAUAUUACCAAAUCCCAAGAUUCUCAAUGUCAAGCAAUCCCCCAAACAGACACACGAGCCGGUGAGAGAGGAAGCUGUAUCCAUGCUAAAAGAACCUCUGGAAAAGGACGUAGAGAGCCCCACUGUCCCUUCAACAGAGAACACAGAAGCUACAGACAUUAAGGAGGAAUCUGACUCCCUAAAAAUGCCAAGUCUUAAAGGACCGUUAAAUACUUUAAGCAGUCAGACGACCUCAUCUAAGCCUUCCAGAAGUAUGGACAGACAAGGCAGUGUGCCACAUGGAGGAAAUAAAGUUAAGGGACCUCCACCACAAGUUGUUCCUAAAACAAAAUCGGUGAUGUCUCGAAUUAAAAACAUUUCUGAGGCGAAUAAAGAAGUGUCUACUGUAGGGAGGGUUUCACAGAAACAGACAGAUCAAAAAGAGGUGAAGUCUCCAACAGCAAAGGAACAAUCCGUUUCUUUUAAUAAAUCAGUUGAUAUUAAUAUAAGAGUUCAAAAGAAAACAGCACCACCGGUUUUGGAGAAACCAAAGAAAGUGGUUGAGGUUGUUACAGUAUAUUCUUUAUCACCCAAAUCUGAAGGUCAGAUUUCACCUAAACUGAAGGUUUCACCUGAAGGAGGAUCGAUAAGCCCAAAGCAGAAGAUCUCACCGACUAGAUCAGUGGAAGAGAAAGAUGUUGCGGAUGGUUCUGUAACUCCAAAAACACAUUCACCUACCAAAGAGCAGGUCAAGCUUUCGAAUCUUAAAAGAGAAAGACGUCUAAAAAGUUCAACAUCUGAGGACAAAGUUGAUAAAUCCCCAUCCCCCCCACCUUCAACAAGAAAUGUUGGUCCAGCUAAAUUGAACAUAGAAUUCAGAGCAUCUAAAGAUAUCCAAAAGUCAAAAACUCAGCCAUCAGCUGCCAGUGAAAGAAGUCCGACAUCAAAAAGCAGUUUUAAUUUCUCAAAGAGUAAAUCGAUUGAGACAAAAGUCAAAUCAAGCGACGCUGUAAGCAAAACCACAACGCGUGACAAAACCGAAGCCGCAGACUUUUCUGUUGAAAAGCAGAAGCCUGCAAAUGAAACCCAGCUGAGUGGGCCAAAAAGCCCACGGAAAUUCAAGACCGAUGUGUCAUCAUCAGGAAGGAAAUCACCUCGAGCGACACAACCAGGUUUUUUCAAACAGAUUUCAAGUGCGGAAGUUACCCAUGGAGAAAGUGAGUCACGUCAGCCAUCAUCACCACCACCACCACCACCUACCAAGUCAGAGAAAAAUGAGUCAUCUCCCUUUCCAGGUCCUGUCGGUGAUGGCAAACCAUCCACUGGGGUCAGGAGCCCAUCAUCAGAACCCAAACUAAAAAGUCCAGUUAAGGAGGUUGUUGAUACUCUAAGUCCCACUAAAACCAAACCCAGGAGAGAUUUUAGGAAAGCAGAGCAAACUAUAACUUCAGAACCAAAAAUAGACAAAAACAAAAAUUUGUCUAUUUCACCCAAAGCCUCUCUGAAAUCUGAAAGUGGUGAAUUGGAAAAUACUAAGAAACAGCCAAAAGCUACCGCUGAAAUGAAGACUGAAGUCACUUUGCAAGUGGCACCUAUGAAAGAUGAUUUACAAUCCCUAAAACCACAGAAGGAAUCAAAUGCGCAGGCUUCAUCAAACCCAGAUGCCCAAGUAGUAGAUAAAAGCGAAAAGGAGACAAAUUUGUUCAUUACACCCAAAGCCUCUUUGAAAUCUGAAAUUGGUGCAUUGGAAAAAACUCAAAAACAACCAAAAGAACCCUCUGAAACAAAGAUUGAAAAAUCUAGUGCUGCUGAGACCAAAGUCACUUUGCAAGUGUCACCUUUAGAAAACGAUUUACAAUCUGUAAAACAACUGAAAGAAUCAAAUCCACAAGUUUCAUCAAACCGAGAUACCCAAGCAGAAGAUAAAAGUGAAACGCGGAUAAAUCUGUCCAUUACACCCAAAGCCUCCCCUGAAAGUGAAAGUGGUGCAUUAGAAAAUACUGACAAACAACCCAAAUCCACCCCUGAAAGUAAGGUUGAAAAAUCUAGUACUGCUGAGACCAAAGUCACUUUGCAAGUGUCACCUUUAGAAAACGAUUUACAAUCUGUAAAACAACAGACAGAAUCAGAUCUACAGGCUUCAUCAAACCCAGAUGCCCAAGUAGUAGAUAAAAGCGAAAAGGAGACAAAUUUGUCCAUUACACCCAAAGCCUCUUUGAAAUCUGAAAGUAAUGCAUUGGGAAAAACUCAAAAACAACCAAAAGAGCCCUCUAAAACAAAGAUUGAAAAAUCUAGUGCUGCCGAGACCAAAGUCAUUUCGCAAGGGUCACCUUUAGAAAAUGAUUUACAAUCUGUAAAACAACUGAAAGAAUCAAAUCCACAAGUUUCAUCAAACCGAGAUACCCAAGCAGAAGAUAAAAGUGAAACGAGGAUAAUUCUGUCCAUUACACCCAAAGCCUCCCCUGAAAGUGAAAGUGGUGCAUUAGAAAAUACUGACAAACAACCCAAAUCCACCCCUGAAAGUAAGGUUGAAAAAUCUAGUACUGCUGAGACCAAAGUCACUUUGCAAGUGUCUCCUUUAGAAAACGAUUUACAAUCUGUAAAACAACUGAAAGAAUCAAAUCCACAAGUUUCAUCAAACCGAGAUACCCAAGCAGAAGAUAAAAGUGAAACGAGGAUAAUUCUGUCCAUUACACCCAAAGCCUCCCCUGAAAGUGAAAGUGGUGCAUUAGAAAAUACUGACAAACAACCCAAAUCCACCCCUGAAAGUAAGGAUGAAAAAUCUAGUACUGCUGAGACCAAAGUCACUUUGCAAGUGUCACCUUUAGAAAACGAUUUACAAUCUGUAAAACAACAGACAGAAUCAGAUCUACGGGUUUCAUCAAAACCAGAUGCCCAAGUAGUAGAUAAAAGCGAAAAGGAGACAAAUUUGCCCAUUACACCCAAAGCCUCUUUGAAAUCUGAAAGUAAUGCAUUGGGAAAAACUCAAAAGCAACCAAAAGCGCCCUCUAAAACAAAGAUUGAAAAAUCUAGUGCUGCCGAGACCAAAGUAACUUUGCAAGUUGCACCUAUAAACAAUGAUUUACAAUCUAUAAAACCACAGACAGAAUCAGAUCCACAGGUUUCAUCAAACCCAGAUGCCCAUGCAGAAUACAAAAGUGACAAGAUUUCAAAUUUGUCCAUUACACCCAAAGCGUCUUUGAAAUCUGAAAAUGAAACCUACACAUUGGAAAAUACUCAAAAACAACCAAAAGCCACCGCUGAAAACAAGGGUGAAACAUCUGGUGCUGCCGAAACCAAAGUCAUGUCGCAAGUGUCACCUUUAGAAAAUAAUUUACAACCCAUAAAACAACAGUCUGGGGAUUAUUCAUGCCCAGAUUCACAGGUUCCACCAAACCCAGAUGCCCAAGUAGUACCAGAUGUCCAAUCAGGUCUUGUUAAAAAUAAAUCUCUUGUUGAGAAAAGCAAGGUUGAGUCUGAGAAAGAGAAGGAGAAAUGUACCCUUGCGAAGAAAAAGACGGGUCAUUACACAGCCGGUGAUCUGAGCACUCAAGUUAGUGAGCAGUCCAGGUUUUUUCAGGAAAAAACCCUUGCAGUUAUUUCAGAGAACUCAUCUGAGACGAUCCAGAAGAUUGAGACCAAAGAACACAAUGUGGAAAAUGUUGUGAAUUCCGAUUUAAAAAAACUGACUAAAGCCGCAACUACAAAAAUAGAGACCACAAGUAAUAAAGAGGUUCAAAGCAAAGAAGAAAGUGUUCAACAGACAGUAUCAAAGACGCAGUCAAACUUAGAGACAACUGUUCAGUUAGCUGACUCAAGUAAAACUUUGAACCCGGAGUGUGUCGAACAGAACGAAAUGAAUAAGUUGCCUGUAGCAGCUAUAACAAAUCCAAUAGCUGUUUCUAAACCAGAACCAAGAGGUGACAAAACUUCAGAGCAGAAACCUCCACCACUUAAACUACCUGAAGAACAGUCUUCCAAACUAGACAAAAAGACCGAAGUCCAAAUUAAAAAUGUAGAAUCCAACUUGAAAGUUAAGAACACUAUGAAGAAUACAGAUAAAAUGCCACUUGUUCAUUCACAAAUACUGAAACCACCAGCUGAUCAAAGUCUACAACAAUUUACCUCGCAGAAUCUUCCGUUCGACCCCAAAAACCUCUCUAAAAAUAACCAUGCACCAUCUAGUUGGUUAGAUGUGGAUCAGAGUUUUGAGAAGAAGAAAGUAGAGAGACGAAUGGAUUGUUCUGCGAGUGACGAUAACCUGCUCGAUACUUCUGACAAUUUUGAAGCGUUCAUUCGUAACAUCAAGGAGCACUGCUCCCCUUUCACUCUGCCACCUAGAAAACAUGGGCAGAACAAAAUGCCAUCACCCCCUUUUGCGAUGCCGGCCAUUAAAGAAGAUCACUUCGAGAAGGUAUUUGAUCCAGAGCAAUUCCAGUUUGGGACAAGAAAAACUGCAGGACCAAAAGACCCAUCUCCAGCCAUGAUUAUUAAAAAGAAAAACGAUGAGGCAAAAAACAACCCACCAUCCAGACGAACUGAAGAUAUGCUCCUUUACAAAUCUCUCUCCUCUAGACGGGAGCAAGACACAACUGAAAAGGUUGUCGCGGAGGAGAAAAGUGAUGGAGAAAACAAGAACAACACGGAAGGAUCUGGAAAAGUCUCCUCAAGGUUGGAAAGAAUGUCAAUCAUCUCAAACCUCAGGAACGUCUCAAGAACCCCAACUCAGACUGUCUCGGGAGAAAAGGACAUCCCAUUGUCCCAAGCUGUCACAACUCCAAAAGAAGGCAUUGGUAAUAUGCCAGCUCAAGGCAAUACAGAAAUCGAAAAUGGUGGUUCAGCGAAGAGCCCGUCAACACUCCCUCCCAUUCCAAGCUUCUCAGAAGUCAAGCUGCCUGACUUUUUAGAGAAAUACCUCAAUAAAGGCAAAGCGAGCCAGCAAAAGCCUGACACCAGUUCUUUACCUGCAUUGGAUGUGAGUGCCACUUCGAAUGCAUUUAAUGCGAACAUGGGCCUGCAAGGAAUGGCAGGAUUAACAUCUCCAUCUAACAGCACUCAACAGCUUCCACUGCAUACACCCACCAGCCUCUCACCAACACCUGUAAGGACACCAUCUGUCAGAGGCUUUCACAAACGCCCUGGAAAGAUUGUGAUAUACCAGCAAGCUCAGUUUGGGGGUGAGGCAUAUGAGAUAUUCAGGGACAUAGAGGAUGCCACCUCGAUGGAACUUUCUCCAGUCAUUUCUUUGAAGGUCGUCAGAGGAUGCUGGCUGCUGUAUGAAAAACCAGGCUUCCAGGGUCGAUCCAUCGCUCUAGAGGAAGGGCCAACAGAAUUAGUCAAUGAGUGGGUGGAGUCAGAGCCCAGUGGGGAAGUGGGGCCAAAUGGCUUGCCACUCCCAACCACACCCAUGGUUAUCGGCUCCAUUAGACUGGCAUUGAGGGACUACAACAUACCAAAAGUCGACCUGUUCACAGAGCCGAACGGGAUGGGCCGGAUGUCCUCAUUCUGUGAUGACAUGAUUGAGAUCUGCUCUUAUGGCAUUCCUCAGAGUACUGGCUCCAUUAAAGUCCACUCAGGAGUAUGGCUGCUCUUCAGUGAUCCAGGUUUUCAGGGUCUGUUGGCUGUUUUGGAGGAAGGUGUGUACCUCUGUCCUGAGGACUGGGGCUUUCCUACCCCCUUUGUUGGAUCUCUGCGACCUCUAAAAAUGGGUCAAAUAAAGGUGGAAAAUCCAAACGAAAUGAAGGCAGUGCUGUAUGAAAAGCCAAUGUUCCAGGGGGAGUGCAUAGAGAUCGAAAGAGACAUUUACAGCUUUGAUGAGAUAGAGGAACACGAGAAGAGUGAGGAAGAGGAGAGUCCGGACGGUACCUCUGAGAUGAAGAGGAAGAGCUUCGGUUCGGUCGGCUCAUUGAAGAUCCUGGGUGGCCUCUGGGUAGGCUACUCUGCGGCUGGGUUCGAGGGUCACCAGUAUCUUCUGGAGGAAGGAGAGUACGCAGACUUCACAGACUGGGGUGGACUGGAAGAUGGGCUUUUCUCUAUACGGCCUGUAUUAGCAGAUUUUAUGACUCCUCACAUGAGGAUGUUCAGUGAGCGAGAUUUCAGCGGGAGAGGAUUGAAUUUGGACCUGCUCGAACCUGUCGUCAACAUGGAAGGCACCGAUUUUGGAAUAAAAACACAGUCGAUGGAAGUCCUUUCUGGCGUGUGGAUAGCAUUUGAGAAUGCACAGUUCUCAGGGGAGCAGUAUAUUUUGGAGAAGGGUCUGUAUGCCAGCCCGGUGGACUGGGGCGCACAUAACUGCAGGCUCUUGUCCCUCCAGCCUGUUGUUUUGGAUCGAGCAGAAGAUCUGUCAAGAUACAAGGUCCAGUUGUUCUCUGAGCCAGGGUUCCAGGGAGAAGUUCUGGUCUUAGAAGAAAGUGUAGCGUUUCUGCCGGACGACUUCCACCCCAUGUCCUGCAAGGUUCUAGCUGGGAGCUGGGUGGUGUUCGAUGGCCCACAGUUCACUGAUAACAUGUAUGUGCUGGAGGAAGGAGAAUAUCCAAACCCUGAAGCGUUGGGCUUAGUCAACUCAAACUGCAGGAUCAGCUCGGUUCACACUGUAGGACACGAGUUUUCUGUGCCCUCUAUCACACUGUUCUGUAAAUCCAACUUCAGAGGACGUAAAAUCAUUUUUACAGAUGGAGCUCUGAAUCUGCCUCUGGCUGGGUUUGAUGGGCGGGUUAGCUCUAUGUUGGUCAACGGAGGAAUUUGGGUGUUGUAUGAAUAUAGCAAUUUCCGUGGUCGUCAGGUUCUGCUUCAUCCAAGUGAGAUUGGUGAUUGGCAGAAGUUCAGAGGCUGGAACCGGAUCGGUUCACUGCGGCCAUUAUUGCAGAAACGUGUUUAUUUACGGGUGCGCAGCGCAGAGACGGGCUGCCUGAUGUCUCUGUCUGGGCCCCUGGAUGAUAUAAAGCUGGUUCGGGUCCAAGUGCUGGAGGAAUCUGGGGGUCCGGAGCAGAUCUGGGUCUAUGAGAAUGGACUGUUACGCUCCAAGUUGGUAGAGGAUUGUUGUGUGGAGACCUCUGGCGGUGUGGUUAUGGCAGGUUGCAGGCUGAAUAUCUCACCUGAGCCAGGCAAGGACAAUCAUUUCUGGAGCAUCACAGGAGAUGGAAUCAUACGGAACAACUUUAAGCCUGAUCUUGUGCUGGAGGUCAAAGGUGGGCAACAGUAUGAUAAAAACCAGGUGAUUCUUAACACCUUUGAUGAACAAAAACCCAACCAGAGGUGGACUGUGGAAAUCCUGUAAAGUCAACUACAGACAUCAUUUCUGUCACUCCUAAUAAUCAGCAGAGUAGUAAGCUGCUCUGCAGAUGGUUUUUAAGAAUCGAAGGCACAAAACAGUCUGUCAGAGAUGGGAUUAAUGUGCCGUCCUGGACCUCUAGAUUUUUACAAGAUGGAUGUCUCUGUGGGCAAUUAAUUUCAAGUCUAUAGACUACAUCAGGGACAUUAAAUGGAUCCUUACGACCUGAUGUGCUUAACCUGCCUCGCUUACACCUUUCAGUCCUGGGACAGUCUUCUAAUAUGAACUGUCAUGACUGCAAUUCAAUGAUACUACCACAGUGGGGCGCUCUAGCAUUGGAUUAUGUAUGUGCACUUUAGGUGACCUUUAUUUGUACUUUUUUAGUAUUAAGCUGCAGACUGACUGAAAGCAAAAUUUGGGACCAUUUUCACUCCCUGUCAGUCAAAGGUGUAUUCGAUAAAGCUGUAACCCAUCUGAUUAUGCCGAUCUGGCAUCAGUUCACAUGCUGACAGUUCUUGGUUUGGCAACUGAUCGUAGAGCAGCUGUUCUGCUAUCAGAGUGUUCUUUAUUUCUGAAGAUGCAGUCUGGUUUAAAACAAUUUUUUUAAAAUAAUCGCUUUAGUGUUGCCAUGUCCAAAUUUCCUAAACAUACUGUUACAUGUAACAAUAUAUAUAUUGUUGUUGUUUUCUUUGACCUAUUUAAAUAAUGCAAAAUAAAGACACUGGCGAUUACAGUG